AUGGGCACUUCCUUUACAUCGUUGAAUGCUGUACAAGGCCUUCCUAAUAAUCAGAUUCCUGUUACCAGGAAACGCAAACAUUAUGGGAUUACUAAACCACUAGGUCUAGGCCUACAUAAAAAGACUCGUAAUAUGAGUAUGAGUUCAUCUGAUGAAAUUGACAGCGAUGGAAGUGAAAUGAGUGUCAGUGACACUGAAGCUUUGAUGCCUCCAUCAAAUGUUCUAUCAAAUAGUCAAUCAAAUGAUGUUGAUCUGUUAACUCAACUAGAUUCAGAAUUUAAUGGAGACGAGCCAACAACAACUCCAAUAAUGGAUAGGUUAGCUUCAAUUGUAAACAAAAGGUUUAUCAAUAAAUUGUCAGAUGACAAAUUGAAAGAAAAAACAGAAAAAUAUUUGAGACCAAGUAACUGCGAAGAACUCACAGUACCUCUGGUAAACCAAGAAAUCUGGGGUAAACUUUCCAAAAUGACCAAAACUCAGGACUUGAGAAUGGCAGGUAUUCAGAAAUCUAUUAUAAAAGCUUCAGUUGCUAUUAGCAACUCUGUGGAUGUCCUCCUAAAAAAGGAUACUUCUUCAGAGGUUGUAACUCAACUUGUGGAUGCUAUUGCACUUUUAGGAAAUGCCUCACAGGACUUGUCCUACUAA